GGAAAGAUAGGAAAUGCCGUAUGAAAAUAGCCGGCCAAAAGUUCUUUGUAAACUGCAGCCAGGGAGACUCAGACUAGAAUGGAGGUAGAAAGGGUUGGUACAGAGUGGGUUUAAUUCUGAGCCCUUUCUGGCCGAAUUUUUGUUGUUGUUUUGUUGUUAACUUACUGAAUAGAGACAUGUAGUACAUUGGUCAAGUGAAGACCCCGGCAGCACCAGCGUCAAAAUAGUGCCAGACAGUUCUGAAUGCUAUAGUGUAUAUGUACUCUGUUUUUAUGAAAGAAGAUAAAGAGCCCAGCAUAGAUUUUUAUCCUCAUCUUCACCCAACUGCAAAAUCAAAGUUAAGCAACAGCAUCUAAGAGCACUUUUCAGGUGGGAAAGAAUCUAGAGGAUGGCUCUAAGUGAUUGUUUGCUUUUGAACUUGGAAGUGGACCACUUCUUGCACUGCAACAUCUCCAGUCACAGUGCAGAUGUCCCCAUGAACGACGACUGGUUCCACCCGGGGAUCCUGUAUGUUAUCCCUGCAAUCUAUGGGGUCAUCAUUCUGAUAGGCCUCAUCGGCAACAUCACGCUGAUCAAGAUCUUCUGUACUGUGAAGGCCAUGCGAAAUGUGCCGAACCUGUUCAUCUCCAGUCUGGCGUUGGGAGAUCUGCUCCUCUUGGUAACAUGUGCUCCCGUGGAUGCCAGCAGGUACCUGGCCGACAGAUGGCUGUUUGGCAGGAUUGGCUGCAAGCUGAUCCCCUUUAUACAGCUCACCUCGGUGGGGGUGUCUGUCUUCACCCUCACGGCUCUCUCAGCGGACAGGUACAAAGCCAUCGUCCGGCCGAUGGAUAUCCAGGCCUCUCAUGCUCUGAUGAAGAUCUGCCUCAAAGCUGCAUUGAUCUGGGUUAUCUCCAUGCUUCUGGCAAUCCCGGAGGCUGUGUUUUCUGAUCUACAUCCCUUUCAUGAGGAAAGCACCAACCAGACCUUCAUUAGCUGUGCUCCGUACCCACAUUCUAAUGAGCUGCACCCCAAAAUUCACUCCAUGGCUUCCUUCCUGGUCUUCUACAUCAUCCCACUGUCGAUUAUCUCUGUCUACUACUACUUCAUUGCUAAAAAUCUGAUCCAGAGCGCUUACAAUCUGCCUGUGGAAGGGAAUAUACAUGUCAAGAAGCAGAUCGAAUCCCGGAAGCGCCUCGCCAAGACAGUGCUGGUGUUUGUGGGCCUCUUUGCCUUCUGCUGGCUCCCCAAUCACAUCAUCUACCUGUACCGCUCCUACCACUACUCGGAGGUGGACACCUCCAUGCUCCACUUCAUCACCAGCAUCUGUGCCCGCCUCCUGGCCUUCACCAACUCCUGUGUGAACCCUUUUGCCCUCUACCUGCUGAGCAAGAGUUUCAGGAAACAAUUCAACACCCAGCUCUUCUGUUGCCGCCCUGGCCUGUUGACCCGCUCUCACAGCACCGGCAGAAGUACCACCUGCAUGACCUCCUUCAAGAGUACCAACCCCUCUGUGGCCACCUUCAGCCUCAUCAACGGAAACAUCUGUCAUGAAGGGUAUGUUUAGGCUGAUCCUUGACCCUGUCCCCCUAGGGGCCCCUAGUUGUGCUUUAUGGCUAGGAAAGAACCCUCACACCUGUUGUUGUCUCUGUACCCUCCAAAGACCCUUUGGAAGGCUCAUGACUGGUAUAGACAGGUUGCAGAGAGGCCCAAAUGGAUUGCUCUUACGUUUGAAAGGCCCGUCAAGAUUUGUAUUUUCCAUUUCAACUUGUGAAUGCUUCUUCUGAUGUAGAGCAAACUUUCCGUAUUUUAGAAAAGGGAACAAAUAAGAAAGUAUUAUUUUAAGCAUCAAGCCCUGAUAUACAGUUAUGGCCAAUUAAGUCACAGAAACUACAUGAACAAAUAGAUUUAUAUAGCAGAAAAAUUAUACGUUAAAUGUCCACUUUGUGAAAGACUUCACCUUGUCAUUUCUUUAAGCAGAAACUAGUGCUUUAAAAAUAUGAUUUGAGUGAUUUUUCAGGAACCUUUAUGAUCACAAACCAAGGAACUGUUUUUUUACACUUGUAACCUGAAAGUCAGCCCUAUGAAAAAUUCCCAUGUAUGAUGGACCAUCCCCAAAUUGAUAACACUGGAAGCCAGUUUAGGACGAAUCCCUGAGUGUUGAUUAUUUUUAAAAGAUGUUACUGGGGACACAGGAGAAACACUCGACACAUCAUUUUAAGGCAAAAACACAGCCAGACACAUAGACACGUAUACAAAGAUCCACAUGAGGCUGUGGAUUGGUAUCUCGUGCUCUGAAUUCUAACUCAAUGGAGAUUCUUUUUGCUGUUACCCCAUUUCAAUCAUCCAUGGUACACUCCUACCACAGAAGAGAAAUCCUUUUGGGGGAAAACUGAUCUUGCUCGCAAUUCAUCAUUUAUAAGUGCAUAAAGUAUAGUAUUUAUUUUUGGUAUACAGGUUUUCAGCCAAACAUAUUUACUUAGAUUUGGCUCUUUGCUCCAGUGAAGCAGUUAGUUCAUAUGAAAGAAAAAAAAAAAGAUCACACCUGAGUGGAAAGAGAAACAUGUUUACGUUUAACAUAUGCUUACCUAAAGUCUGUGAGAGGAAAUGAAUAAAAUUUCAGUAAUAUAUAUUUCUGUUUGAAUAUGCAUAAAUAAUUUGCAGGGGGCUUAGCAUUAAGAAUGGAUUAUAAAACAGCCACAGGUUCAUUAACUUUCUAUGUAAGAGGAGUAUUUAUGAAACAGCCCACGUGCAGAAAAGAACUGGACUGAAAUAUUUUUAUUUUCCUGAGUAAAGAGACUUGACUAUCCUACUUUAGAAGCCCUGAAUCAAGUUUUUCUUGACUCCAUGAUAGGCCAAUUCUGCUGGACUGCAAACACGUUAACCCACUUUCAGAUAAGUCCAAAUUCCGCAAAUGUGCCAUAAUAUGUAUCGCUUACAUCUGAAGACGAUUUUCAUUCCGGUUUUCUCUGUCCAAGCGAGAAAGAACCGUUGGCUCUCUUUCCCACAUGGCACGUACUGAAAGAUUUUCAUCUCUUGUUACAAGGAAGUGCUCACCGUCUGCAGAGCUCGAGAAGUUAGGACCCAGACGGUUGUGAACAUCUGUGUUUACAGUUGUAUUAGCUGGAGUGAGACCUCUUCGCUUCCUUCCGUGAGCCGCAUGCCCUUCUGUACUGUUCCUACCUGCUCUCCUGGGAGCCCAUAAUGACACUGGACAGUUUGAAGAGCAAGUGUAGCAGAAAGAAUGAAGAUUUUUAGCCGGUCAUCCCAGCUUAGUCUCUAGCUAUGUAAGCUUGGCUAUCAACCCUUCUCUAGACUCAUUUUCUCAUCUGUAGAAUGAGAGGACAGUGCUAAGAUCCCUCUCUUGCUGAAAUCCUCUGAGUCCUGUCAUUGCUUCCAGUUUGGUUUCUAAAGCAUUUGUACAGCCAGCCUGCUCACAGGUGCCCCACUUCUGUUACCUUUGCAACAACUCGUCUGGGGAAGUCCUUCAACCAACAUCCUACACUCAUGUUCAUGUUAGUGGAAUGGAAGGAGACUAGUCUAUUGCUCUCAGGGGCUCCCUGGAAUAACUCGUAUGAAUGGUGUCCCAUUAGCUUGUUAUGCUGUGGGAUUAAAGCUGAAAAACACAUAAGAAAACAUAUUGCUCAAUCUCCUCAUUAUACGAAGGGUACUUUCCCUACUCACCUCUGACCUCCAUGCACCUGUUAUCUCCAACUACUGCUCCACAACUUUACCCUUGGGUUUCUUCAAAACUCUUGAGUAUAAGUGACUUCGUACCUCGUUAGGGGCUACAUUGUGUAGCAUUCUGGGUAGUUGUGUGACUUGUUCAAGCAUCUCUGAACUACCUGCCUUCAAAGACAUUUUGGGAGUAGGACUCAUCUUAAUGUCUCCUUCAGGUAACAUCAUGGCAUGGAUUUCAGGAGACUGAAAUCUAGGUCCAGCUGUGUGUCCUGAGGCAAAUCCUGUCACCUCUUUGAGACUUCUAAACAGAAGGGCUGUAGAAGGCGUGUGCCAGCCAACGGCCCAGGACUGGUAAAACUGGGAAUCAACAGAUGGACGGACGCGAACCUGCUUAUUGGGACGGACUUACCCGGGCCCUUCUCCGGGGAAGUCAACUUCUUCUUCCACCUCAAGACCCUAAAAUUCCGGUGAGAGAGACCCAAGCCCCCAUGUGGUAUCACCUCUCUGCUAGGGCAGAGUGUGGCAGGGGCUGGAGCUAAGACAUUUCACGCCUGGCUUCCAAAGAUAAUCACGUUUAGCGCUUAUGUCUUUGGUGAGGGGGGAAAAAAUCAAUUUUUUCUGUGGAAAACCAUCUGUGUUUAUUCAAUUGACAGACACUACCUUUCAAUCUAUCUUAAAUUGAGCCUCCCUGAGGCAGGCAGCUCAACAGUGAUAGAUUAAGCAAUAAACAAGGCAGCCUGCCCACCAUCGGCCGCCGCUGGCAGGGAGGGCGCAGCUGCUGUUAGGAGUGAUAUUCCACAGCAAGAUGGUCCUCCCUGCUUGGUGCAGGCGAGGCCCCUCCCUGUCGGUGAUGAUUCCCCAUAAAUGUGGAUGGCUAAACCCCUUCUUCUGGCUGCCCUCACCCCCCCACUAACCCUGGCCUUCUGCCUCAUUAACAAGCCCUCUUGUUUCCCUCUUUGCCACACAAACAAUUUGGUUUCAUCUUGAAGAAUGGAGAAGUGGGGAAGGAUGGUAAAUACACAGUUUAGAGGCUGCUUCAGAUGAACCCGAGCUCAGCUUGUUAUGAAAAGGCUCACUGAACAGAAAUAAAUGAACUUGUCCAAAGGACACAUGCACAUUGAAGUUGUAAAGUCUUUGUUUAUGCCAAAAGUAGCAGUUGGUUAUUGGUUUCAGAGUCAAUGCAUGUACCAAA